AGGACUAGACAGAAACGACCCUGUGUAUUUUGUUGAACAACCCUGUGACUCGGAGAAUUUUUCACUGAAAAACGUUGUGUGUUGUUUUCUGACAAACUGCUGCAAAACCGCUCGAGGAAUGUGCAAAGUUGUUGGUAAAUAACCUUUACUUUUUAGUCAGACCCAUUUAAUUGCGAAUUAUGUCGUCCAUUAUAACGCGGAAGGAUGGCGACGGCAACGACCAGAAAUUGCCCAGAAAGCGCGCUGCCGCCUCCGAUUCCGGAGGCGGCGGUGGCGGUGGCGUUGUCGAAGCGCCAAAGAAAUCCCGCUUCGACGUCAAGGACUCAAAUGGGAGCGAAAAGCAUGAAGACGCGUCAUCGACGGCCUCGCUGAGCUCCCAACAGAUUAAGCUGAUGAUGGCCCAUGCCCAGCGCGAGAUCGAGGAGCGCAAGAGGGCACUAAGCAAUCUACGCGACAAGGAUCCCCUACUGGCGUCCGUGCCACAAAUCGGCAUGCCCGUAGCCCUGGCCGCUCAGGCGCUCGCCAAGAAACCAACACCCGAGGAUGCGGAGAAGGCCAGGAAGAUAGCCGAGCUGCAGGCGCAGAUAAGGGCGAAACUAACCGGCAACUUGGCCAGUCUGAUCCAACCCACGGCAGUAGCAGCGGCUGCUGCAGCGGCCGCCCAGGCACAGGAACGUCCGAAACCCCUGAUCUUGGAUGAGGAGGGACGUACCGUGGAUAAAAGCGGCCGGACUAUCAACAUACCUACGGUGACGCCCACGCUAAAGGCUAAUAUCCGGGCCAAGAAGCGGGAGGUGUUCCAGCGUCAAACGGGAGGUGUUGGUGAGCGCAGCGACCCGGCCAGCUCGGCACAGGACGAGGCGAUCAAGUACUUUGAUGACCGGAUUGCACAGAAACCUACAGUGCGAAAUAAACGUACGCUGCGCUUCCACGAGCCCGGCAAGUUCCAGCAACUGGCCGAACGGAUGCGCAUGAAGAGUCAGUUGGAGCGGCUGCAAAAUGAGAUAUCACAGAUUGCUAGGAAGACGGGCAUUUCGUCGGCUACCAAGCUAGCACUGAUCGCACCAAAGCAGGACAUGCCGGACGAUGUGCCGGCCAUGGAGUGGUGGGACUCGGUCAUACUUACCCAGGACAUGGAGACUGUGGACGAGGCGAGCGGUAAGAUAAGCAUACGCCAGGCGGCCAUCACCAAUCUCAUUGAGCAUCCUACACAAAUGAAACCGCCAAAUGAGCCGCUGAAGCCGGUUUACUUGCCGGUGUUUCUUACCAAAAAGGAGCGCAAGAAGCUGCGCCGUCAGAAUCGUCGUGAGGCCUGGAAGGAGGAGCAGGAGAAGAUACGCCUAGGACUGGUGGCACCACCUGAGCCCAAGCUGCGCAUCUCAAACCUGAUGCGUGUUCUUGGCUCGGAGGCAGUACAGGACCCCACAAAGAUGGAGCAGCAUGUACGAGAGCAGAUGGCCAAGCGGCAAAAGGCGCACGAGGAUGCAAACAAUGCUCGCAAGUUAACCAGCGAGCAGAAGAGCGAGAAGAAGCAGCGCAAGCUGAGAGAGGACACCAGCUGUGGGGUGCAUGUAAGCGUCUAUCGCAUCCGUGAUUUGCAGGACAACCAGAGCAAGAAGUUCAAGGUGGAGACGAAUGCCAAGCAGCUGCAAAUGACCGGCAGUGUGGUCCUGUUCCGUGAUUGCUGCGUCGUCGUCGUGGAGGGUGGUCCCAAGCAACAGAAGAAGUACAGACGCCUUAUGCUGCAUCGCAUUAAGUGGGAGGAGGACCUGGCCAAGGGCAAUGACGGCCAGGAUGUGCCCAAUUCGUGUGUGCUAGUUUGGGAGGGCACCAGCCAACGACGCCACUUUGGCGAGAUCAAAUUCAAGAUAUUCCCCAUGGAGAAAAUGGCUCGCGAAUUCUUUCAGAAGCACCAAGUGGAGCACUACUGGGAUCUGGCCUACUCCGGGGCUGUGCUGGAGGCCUCCUCGGAUCAGCAGUAGAAGCAUUUUAGCAAUUUAAGUUCAACAACGACGGAAGCGUACUAAAAUUACAUUUUUCGAAAGGAAACAAGUCUGAAUUGAACAAAUGUUUUGGAAAACGCGCAGCAGACACAUUGGAUGUGUUACCUCUUUCGGAGUCUUUCGAAAAACCUUUGGAAGUGCAAAAAUACAUAAAAUAAACAGUGUUUUCAGAGCCAAA